UUUUAGCUUUUUUCUUCUAAAUUGCACUUAAUACAAAAUCAUUCUUUCAUAUUUUUUUAUUUUUUUUUGCUUACACUAUAAUAUACCAUAUUAUAUUAAAUUCAAUUCAAUUUAAUCCAACCCACUUUAAUCCAACUCACUUUAAUAAUUUUUAAUUUAAUUCAUACUAAUAACAAUACACAAAAUGCAAAUCCCAUUCAUACUAUUUAUAACUUUCCUACUUCAAUUUUCUACCACAUUGGGUAAAUUCAGCAAGAAAUCAAAUAAAAAUAUAGCAGCUUAUUGGGGUCAAAAUACAAUGGGUACCCAAACAAAUUUCACUGCAGAAGAAGAAAGAUUAUCAUUUUACUGUCAAUCGGAUUCUGUCGAUAUUAUUCUAUUAGCUUUCAUGAACAUGUUCCCAGGUAAUAACUCAAUUCCAAGAUUGGUCUUCUCAGCUGGUGAAUUCUCCUACACUUAUCAAGAAACAAUCAAUCAAUUAGAAACUGAUAUUAAAACUUGUCAAAAGAAUGAAAAAUUGGUCUUGUUAUCCUUGGGUGGUCAAAGUGCUGAUUAUGGGUUUUCAAGUGUUGCCGAAGCUGUUAAUUUUGCUUCCAUAUUAUGGGACAUGUUUGGUGAAGACUAUGAUGAUGAUCAAUUAAGACCAUUCGGCUCUGCUGUAGUCGACGGUUUUGAUUUUGAUAUCGAAAACAGUAAUGAUGUUGGAUACGUUGAACUAAUAGAAGAAUUGAGAGAGAUAAUUGAUGAAAAUGGUUCAAAGGAUUACUACAUCUCCGCUGCUCCCCAGUGUCCAUAUCCUGCUGAUGAUGUCGUUGAAAUCUUGAACAAUUCCUAUGUUGAUUUCCUAUUUAUUCAGUUUUACAAUAACGAAUAUAAUUGUGACGCAAAUACGGACCGAUUUAAUUGGAAUACAUGGGCAAGCUAUGCGAAGGAUAUCUCCAAAAAUGAAAACGUCAAAAUAUAUUUGGGGUUGCCAGGCUCAAAUGAAUCAGCAGUAUCUGGGUUUAUUGAUAAUUCAACAUUGUUAGAGAAUAGAAUCAACCAGGCUAAAAAGAAUAGUAGUUUUGGUGGUGUCAUGGUGUGGGAUGCAUCUACUAGUUUCAACACAACAAUUGACGACGAACUUUAUAUUGAUAUGAUUAAAUAUCUUUUAACUGGAGACGACAAAUACUUUGAGGAACAAAGUAGCUCAUAUAUUUGCACAGAGACUGAUCGUUGUUUUAAUCAAUACAAUCAUGUAACAAGUACAAGUGAAGAUAAUGGUAUGAAGCAAAUAAGUAUCUUAUAUGGCAUUUCUCCAAUAUUGUCGGGAAUAAUAACAUUCAUAAUGUUUUUAUAUUGAAUGGGAUAAUGAGAUAAAUAUACUUUCUUUCUUUGUUAACGUUUUUACUCUUCACCACUGCUCUUAUUGUUAUUAUUAUACUCAUUGCUAAUAGCUGUGGUUACUAUAUUUUUUGUUGUUCACGACUUUCUUUUUUUCUACAUAACUUUUUUUAAUUCAGGCAUUCAGGUUAGACUAGUUAG